UGAAUUUUCCCAGCAGAAUUCCCGGCCCCCCCCUUCCUUCCCGCUGGCCAGCCUCGGCCAGGACCAGCCGCUCCCGGAGUUCAUGUCCAGCCGGGGGUCUGCCCAGCCCGGAGCACAGGUGCCACCGCUGGACGGGGAUCUAAGAUGAAGUUAUGGGAUAUUAUGGCUGUCUGCCUGGUGCUGCUCCACACAGCGUCCACCUUCCCGCUGCCCGCCGCAAAUAUGCCAGAGGAUUAUCCCGAUCAGUUUGAUGAUGUAGUGGAUUUUAUUCAAGCCACUAUAAAAAGACUGAGAAGGUCACCAGAUAAACAGACUGCGGUGUCUCUUAAACGGGAGAGAAAUCGGGGCGCGGCUGCCAACUCCGACAAUUCCAAUAGAAAGGGACGGAAAAAUCAAAGGGGCAAAAACCGGGGUUGUGUCUUAACAGCGGUCCACUUAAACGUGAGUGACCUGGGUUUGGGCUAUGAAACCAAAGAGGAACUUAUUUUUCGAUACUGCAGUGGGUCCUGUGACGCAGCUGAGACCAUCUAUGACAAAAUCCUAAAAAACUUAACCAAAAAUAACAAACUGGCCAACAACAAGAUCGGGCAGGCAUGCUGCCGGCCCAUUGCCUUUGACGACGACCUGUCGUUUCUGGACGACAACCUGGUUUACCACAUACUGAGAAAACAUUCCGCUAAGAGGUGUGGAUGCAUCUGACCCCGUGUCGAGGGAGAAUUGCCGCGUAUUGCAUUCCUACGACAGCGCAGAGGAAGGGACCACGGUUCCCAGGAGACGUUUGCUGAGGAUGGAGAAUGAGGACCAAGGACAGAGAUGGAGGAGGAAGAGGAGCAGGAGGAAGACAGCCGCCACGGGAGCGUGGGAGAGAGGAUGCUCCGGCCACCGGGAAUGGGAUGGGGCAGGGAGAAGGGGCCUCUGGCCUCUGGUUUUUCCAGGAAAGCAACUCGCAGACAGCCAAAGUUCAGGGCCGGGAUUCCAGGGGGGGAUGUGGCCACCUCCGUUUCCGGAGAUGCCCCCGCCGUCGCCCAUCAGAAUGCAACCCGUCGUCCCCUCGUGCUUCGUUAUCACUUAUACGGCUCCACCGGGGAGGUACGUGCCUGGGGAGAGCCCCUUUGUCAAGAAGCUUGAUUACGGAAGUAAGGAGGGCUUGGUGUUUCGGGGAUUUUUUUCUCUGCCACUCGUUCGAGACCGACCCCGACCGACAGGCACCGGAGAUGAGCUUUUCACUGCGCACCGGCCACCUGGCAUCGACUGGGAUGGGAGUGUGUAUCGGUGGGAGACGGAUUUCCACACGGCGGGUGGGAGAGAAGGGCCAGCCACCAUCGGGCCGUGCCCGCCUCUGAAAGAACACGGGAAAUCGGAAAAACCCGUCUUGUUUUCGAGCAGCGUUUGUUUCUAGCAAGGCUGGGUUGGGAUACCGUGCCCAAAGAGACGAGAUCCGGUCUCUCUCUCGGUUUACAAAAGGAUUAAGGCCACUUGCAGAGCUCCACCUUCACCGGGCUGUUUGUGAGUGGCCCAACAGACUACUUGAUGCGACGCAUCCCUUCAGAUACAGAAAUCUAUAGAAGAUAUUUAUUGAGAUUUUAAGUUAUUGUUAUUUAUUACAGUUCAGUAAUGAGUUUCCUCUUUUCCUUAUUUAUUUGAAGUUUCUCUUCAAAGGUGCCAAAGUGGAAUGUGCUCGCAAGAUACAAAAAAAAACCAGAAAGAAAGGAAAAAUGAAUAAAGACAGUUAAAUCAGAAAUAAGGGUCCAGGCUUUUAACCGUAUUGACAGUGAUCUGCUAGCCAAAAAUCACUUACUUUACCUUUUUAACAAAACCCGAUUGAAUUAUCCAGAGCCCUUACCUUCUGCCACCUAGGGAUUUGAAAAAUUUCGGAGUAGAGUCCUUCAGGCUGACCUCAGGUGGCGGCCAAGGACGGUGGGCUGAGGCCGGGGGAGCUUAGCUGGUUCCCACACUGAACCCAUUGCCAAAAUUUGAAUUUUAUGUUGUAUUUAAGCUUUUUCCUUCCACGUAUCUAUAUCUAUAAUAUGCAUAAAUGUAUAUGUAAAAGGUUUAAAUUCCUAUGAGUAGUUAGUCCUGGAUUUAACAUUGACUGAAAGAGAAACCCUUCGAUUCUCUAAAGUAGCCAAAGUCUUGCCAUCAUUUCUGAGGACCUUUUUGGCAGGGGGGUGUGGGACAGAGCCUUUCUCCUAGAAGAAACGACCGUUGCCAACGGUGGGAGGGGAAUGUGACUAGCUGCGUGUAGAAGCUGGGGAUACCUUGGCCGAUCUGAGCAGCCCGGGCCCUAACCAGCCCCCCUUUUCCCAGUGAUGCCUUGGGGAAUAAGGGAGAAGAGAGACCGGGGCUGCCCCCAAAUAGACACAUCCCUGUGGACCCACUGUAGCACCUAUGACUUACGGUACUUAUGACCUAAGGCCACACAGACCCCUGCCGUUAGGUUCUUGGACCCACCAGAUUGGAGUACAGUCAAUUCUCCCAGAACUCAUGCUUUCAUUACACAAUUUCGAUAAGCUGAUAUCAGAGAACGGGGGCGCGUCCUUCCCACAGCGCCCAUCUGCCGGGAUACAAUGCCCUCCACCAUCACCCCAAGCAGACUCGGUGCAGAAGAACAAAUAGUCGUGCCUGUGCUCCUGAUGUCAAUUAAGGGGCUAGUGCUAUAAUGCAUUUUUUCCAUUGCAUGAGGUUCUUCAAGAACACGAGUACCAUCUUAUAGGAGAAUUGACUGUCCUACUCCAAGAGGCGGAUAUUCUGGGAGGCGGAUAUUCUGGUUGGUUUCCCGAUGCACGCAUUUGAACUGAGAAAUCUAGCACUGGACCCUAAGACGAUAUCUUUUCUUUGGUGAAAAAGGUUUGAUCAAGGGAAGAUGAAUCUGGCUUUUAAUCACAUCGAAAAUACGACAGAGCUGGGAAUUUAAGGGCUCUAUCUGCCUCUGUGAAAUAGUCAAAUGAUUUGCAGGAAUGUGCAAAAACAAACAGGUAAACAGUGAGAGCUAAAUGAUCCUUUCCUUCCUUCUGCUCUUCCUGGACUUGUGAAAUUGCAGUGGCUUUAGCCCUGCAGAGAAGGAAAAGAGUGGCCUUGGGGAGAUGGAGUUCAGGCUGGGGAGGAGACUGACCUGAAUGUAUGUUCAUCAAUCAAUCCACAGUUUUUUAUUGAGCGUCUGUGUAAAGAGCAUUUUACUGAGUACCUGAUGGGUGCAGAGCUCGGUGCUGUACUCUAAGCAUUUGGAAGCAUACGGUAGAAGUAAAAGACACGGUCCCUGUCCUUGAGGAGCUUCCCCUCUAAUGGGCCUAACAACAACCUGAACUUGUAUAGCACUUUUACUUUUGUUUUUCCAAAGCGCUUUCACAUCAGUUAUCUCAUCGUUUCUUCACCUCGUCCCUGUGAGUCGGGGGGAGGUGACUGUUACCUUGCCCCCAUUUUACAGAUGGGGAAACUGAGGCCCAGACAGGUUAAGCAACUUACCUGAGGUCACCCAGCAGGCCGGUGGCAGAGUUAGGACUAGAGCCCACUUAGCCUGACUCCCCGGCCCCAGGCUCUUUCCUCAAGACCACACUGCCUUUCCUUGAUGGUGCUAAUUCAUUCACCCCAUUCACUAGCACCACCCGAAAGAAACUAUGGCACCACUCAGUUAAUAAUCAAAUGCUGGCCAGGCCUAGGGAAAUCCUAAUUACGUCUUUCAAGCCAUCAACAGGUGGUAUUUACUGAGCGCUUUGUCACCUUCAAAUAAGCUCUCGGCCUACGAACCGGAGAUCCUUAAUCAACGUGCUGGAGCUAUUGCCUGGACCUCGACAGUUUGUCCCCCGGAUUGUUCACAAUCAAUGAUACUUAUCGAGUGCUUACUGUGGGCAGAGCACUGUACUAAGCGCUGACCACAAACAGAUUUCUGCUACUGCCGAUCAACCACGUCUGAACAACAAAAGGGUAAAGUUUGUGAUUUUUUUUUCUUUUCUAUCAUCAAAAAUAGGAGUGCACUUCUCUGGAAGCUCUGACUUCCCCUCUGAUUUAUGUCUCAAUCAUUUGUGUUCUACAACCAAAGUUCUCUACAGACUUUAUUUUUGUACAAUAUCAUUUUGUAAAUUUUUACAAAUAAAAAUUCAUUUCUAUCA